GCACUGAAGCUCAUGCUGCCAACAAGCAGACUGUAAGAUAGACACAACAUGUCAGAAAGUUCUUCAGGUGUCAAUAUAAGCUCUGGCAGCUUACCUAAAACGCAAUCUUCACCGUGGUUAAUCGUGACCGAACCAUGCAUUUCACUGCCAGUCACCUGCCGAAGCAAAGAAAGUUCAAAACAAAACCAUGAUUCAGGAAUAUUGUCUCCUCUACCAUCUAAUAAAUUCAAGUUCAGAACUUGGCAUGAGUUGGAAGGAAAUAACAUCAAAGGUGCUCAACUUCAUUGUCCAAGAAUCAGAACAGGCCCUCCACAACAGCAUCUGUCUUUGCAAGACAGAAGAACUUCACCUGAGAGGAAGGAAAGCCAAAGCCAAGACACACAGGAUCAAAGAUUGCUGGAAAACUGGGAGAACUGCCUAGAAGUAAACCUAUCAUACCAAGGUCUUGGUGAUUCCUAUCAGUUGAAAAAUUUUUAUAAGAUUCUUCACAGAUUGAUUCGAGUGGAAAAGCUGCAGCUGAUGGACAAUUUUCUGAUAGACCUUAGUUCUGUCAGGUUGCCAAGAUGUAAAGAACUUAAUCUCAAUAAGAAUCAUUUAACGUCUUUUGAACAACUGCCGAAAAUUCCCCAAAUUCAACAUUUAUCAGUAACUGAAAACAACAUAGUGACAUUAAGAGGACUCAGCAAACUAAGAGAAACACCAAUAGAAUCACUAACUUUGAAAAGGAACCCUUGUCAAUUUCAGGAUAAGUACAGACCCAAGUAUGAACGGAUAACAGCUGCUUUUUUGCCAAUUGAUCUAAGCAACAUUCAGGCUUCAUAUGAUGAGUGA